AUGAUGCUUCAUGAUGCUUCCUUGCAUCUGCGAGGAGAGCUCCAUCUCCGAGGAGGCAGGGUUGGGUCUGUUGAUAUUUUGGCUCCUCGUACCGGGUUCCCAGCAAGCAAAGCAGAACAUCAAAAGACGAUUGGCGGCAUUCGACACAUGCAGGGAGCACGACAGCAGGUUGCCGAGCUCGAGCGGCUGCGAGCGGCGCUUGCAGAAGCUGAGGCUGCACGCCUUGCAGGGUCAAAACACCAGGAAGAGCUCAGUACGGAGGCCCGCGAGGCCCAAGACGAGCUUGCCAGUGCCAAGCGCGACCUGAGUGAACGGACGGAGCGGCUGGAAGCGGCCGAGGCGUCAGUUCUUGCGGCAGAGGAGCGUGAGCGGGCUGCUGAAGCGGCGCUGCAGGCUGCUAGGGCUGCUGCCGCUGAGGAGAGCUCCAUCUCCGAGGAGGUUGCCGAGCUCGAGCGGCUGCGAGCGGCGCUUGCAGAAGCUGAGGCUGCACGCCUUGCAGGGUCAAAACACCAGGAAGAGCUCAGUACGGAGGCCCGCGAGGCCCAAGACGAGCUUGCCAGUGCCAAGCGCGACCUGAGUGAACGGACGGAGCGGCUGGAAGCGGCCGAGGCGUCAGUUCUUGCGGCAGAGGCACAUGGAGUUGCCGAGCUCGAGCGGCUGCGAGCGGCGCUUGCAGAAGCUGAGGCUGCACGCCUUGCAGGGUCAAAACACCAGGAAGAGCUCAGUACGGAGGCCCGCGAGGCCCAAGACGAGCUUGCCAGUGCCAAGCGCGACCUGAGUGAACGGACGGAGCGGCUGGAAGCGGCCGAGGCCGCAGCGAAGACCCCUCAGUCACCAGCAGAGCUGCUUGGGCCAGCGGAGCCAGGGACAGUGGCACUGCGCCGAGAGCUGGCCCGUGUGGAGGCCGAGGCUGCAGAGUUGCGAGACUCCGAGCUCCCAGAACUGGAGGAUCGACUGCAGGCGGUUGAGUCCGCCCUGCAGAUAGCUACGGGUGUGGCUGCUGAGGAUGAGGAGCGGCGGGCCACUGCCCAGGCGAGCCUACGCGAGGAGCUGGCAUGUGCAGAGGCCGCGAAAGAAUCCGGUGAAAAGCACCGGGAGCACUUGGCAGCCGAGCUACAGAGCUCCCAGCUGGCCUUGGCUGAGCUGACGGCUCGUCUGGAAGAAGCUGAUGUAGCCCAGAAAGCAAGUUUGGAGGCAGAGGCCCCACGGUCCUGCAGAGGGCUUGAAGAGGCCCUAGCCCAGGCAGAGGGCACUGCAGCAGAGGAGCUGGCGAGCUCCAAGCGGGAGCUGGUUGAUCUCAGGGAGCGCUUCGAAGACGUGGAGUACGCUCUGCAGAUUGCAAGCGAGGCCGCAGCUGAGGACGGCGGUGUGGACGGGCCAGUGGGGGUUCGCGAGGCUCGCCGCCUCCGUGAGGAGUGCCUGGCUUUACAGGCGGAGCUGGUCCACGCCCAGGUAGCCCAGGCGCAGGAGCAGGUGGAAGGUGCUCCGGGCGUCCGCACCCAUCGGAAAACUGCUGACUUCGGCGAAGCGGGGCCUCUCAAGGAGCUCGAGGGCUUGAACCACAGCGUGGUCAAGAUGGUGUCUAUCGAGGAGGAGCCCGAGGAUCAGGCCACAAAGGACGAUGCCUUCUUCAGCCCUGUCGAGGAUGCCAGUGAAAAGUCUCGCCGGGAAGGACGAGACCGUGCCGUGUCGUUUGCACCACCGCUGCGGGUGAAGGUCGAAGAUGCUACGACUUCCGACAGGAAUCCCUUCGAAGACGACUCCGCAUCAGAAGAAACUGCGCAUGGUGAGGAGUCGCCUGUGAUGAUUGCGGGUCACAUCCCCUCCGGAGGUGGCUCCUUCGGUACCCCAAGCGGCAUCAUGCCAGCGGCCGCCACGGCGACUUCAACACAGGAGGACAAGACAGCGCGGCUGCAAGAGCAGCUGAGCAAAGAGGUCUUUGAGUUGCGGCAGGCGUUGCGCUCCGAAGAGGCCGCCUAUGCGGCCGAGCGCACCAAAGCCGAAGAUGCCGAAGCCAGUGCAUCUGCCGUGGGACAGCAGCCGAACACCGGAGAGGCGUCGGCAGAGAUUGCGAGGCUGCGCAGCCUCCUGGACGAAGAGAAAGCCCGCAGCCGCGAAAUGGGGGAGGCAGCAAUCCGCGCCGAAAAGCUACGGCGCAAGCUGCUGCUGGAGGUUGUGGAGGACAGCAAGAUCAAUGUCGAGUUCGUGGCGAUUGCCAAGGCGGUUGGUCGCAGCGCCAAGGCGAUUGCCAGCAUCUCGCAGGAGGCACCCCACUUGAGCAAGCUUGCCAAGCUACCACUCCUGCCUCCGCCGGCCGCCACUGCAGUCUCUCCUCGGGAGCUCGAGGCUUCUUCAGCGUCAAAGGUGCCUUCAGCUGUGCCCUCGGCGACGCCCUCGGUGCGCUCGGAACCUCCGAAGUCGCCGCGGUCGCCACGAUCGCCACGGUCGCCCAGGCUCCAGCGGCUCCCUGUAUCGCCUGCGGUCAUGGCGAAGGCAGCUUCUUCCGUGCCCGAUGUGGAUUUGAGUUGA